GAUUCAGAGGCAGUCCAGUGCUCGAUUGUUUAUGUCACUAGCGCUUUAAUUUGACCUUAAUUCACAGCAUGCACUAGAAAAUGUUUGGCUUUGACGACCCCAGCCAGCUGCCCUGCGCGGUGUAACGAGCUGUCCGUGUUGCAGGUAGUGUGAUUGGCUGUCUGUGAUGCUUGGAGAGAGGCUGGGCUGCAGGGACAGGCCGAUGGUGGAAACAUGGCUUCUGAGUAACGCUUAGUUACUUUCUCUGCUCAGUAUGAACAGCGAAGAGGAGUUUUACGACGCCGAGACAGGGCUGGAGUCAGAUGAUUCCUGUGAGGUCAGUUUUAAAGAUGCCCUGGUGUUUGACAGCAAGCCGGUGACCGACGGCAGCAAAACACAGGAGAAUGGAGUGUGGGAGCGCAGGAAAUCCCUGCCUGCUGAAAUGAUCUCCAGAAACAAUUUCAGUGUGUGGAGUAUACUGAAGAAAUGCAUCGGCAUGGAGCUGUCCAAAAUAGCGAUGCCAGUCGUGUUUAACGAACCGCUGAGUUUUCUCCAGAGAAUCUCGGAGUACAUGGAACACACUCACCUCAUCCACAAAGCCUGCAGUUUACCUGACUCCAUAGACCGCAUGCAGGUUGUUGCUGCAUUUGCUGUUUCAGCUGUAGCAUCUCAAUGGGAAAGGACUGGAAAGCCAUUUAAUCCUUUACUGGGGGAGACAUAUGAACUCAUAAGAGAGAAUGAGGGAUACAGAUUGAUCUCAGAGCAGGUGAGCCACCACCCGCCUGUCAGUGCCUUCCACGCUCAGUCUCUGAAGCAAGAGUUCGAGUUUCAUGGCUCCAUCUACCCGAAACUCAAGUUCUGGGGCAAAAGUGUAGAGGCUGAACCCAAAGGCACCAUGACACUGGAGUUACUGAAGCAUAAAGAGGCGUACACGUGGACAAAUCCAAUGUGCUGCGUGCACAACAUCAUCCUGGGGAAACUCUGGAUUGAGCAAUACGGAACCGUGGAGAUAGUCAACCACAGCACGGGAGAUAAGUGUGUGUUGAACUUCAAACCAUGUGGGAUGUUUGGCAAAGAGCUGCACAAAGUAGAAGGUCACAUCCAAGACAAAAGUAAGAAGAAGCGGCGAGUGAUCUACGGGAAGUGGACAGAGUGCAUGUACAGCGUGGACCCCAAGGUUUAUGAAGCGUACAAGAAGUCGGACAAGAAGACAGGAGGAGACUCGAGAAAGCUGAAGCAGGAACAUAGUUGUGAAUGUGAGGAGGCAGAUGAGAUGCCCGAAGUUCAAGAGACAGUGACUGUGAUACCAGGAAGUGCCUUACUGUGGAGGAUAACGCCGCGGCCUGCUCACUCAGCACAGAUGUAUAACUUCACCAGCUUUGCCAUGACACUAAACGAGCUGGAGCCCGGCAUGGAGAGACUAAUGGCGCCGACAGACUGCCGGCUGAGGCCCGACAUCAGAGCCAUGGAGAAUGGAGACAUAGACGCAGCAAGUACAGAGAAAGAACGGCUAGAGGAGAAACAAAGGGCUGCACGCCGGGAGCGCUCCAAGGAUGAGGAGGAGUGGUCAACCAGGUGGUUCCAGCUGGGAACAAACCCCUAUACAGGAGCCGAGGAUUGGCUGUACACAGGUGGAUACUUUGACAGGAAUUACACUGACUGUCCCAACAUUUAUUGACACAGGAGGUGCUCUGUGUGAAUAGUUCCUCUCUGAUAGGAUUUACUUUGUUUCUCUCAGCAUCUACGAUUGGUGUCUUUGUGACGUUCAGACGCUCGCUGGUACUGUGUCUUUUGUUUGAAUCAAUGAAAAGCUGAUAUCAAAAUGUUAUCAGAUAGUUUAUGGAUUAUCUGCAACUGACUGUGAACGUUGUCCACAGGAAAAAAAAUGUAAUAUUAAGGAGAAUUUUAGAGUUUACUUACUGUAAAUGUCGACAUCAAACAUCUUCAUCUUUAAUAUUCCCUGAUCGUGAUUCUGACAGUAAUAGUCCACAUGUAUGCUACUCACUUAUUGAGGGUUUUAAACCAGUCACCUGUGUGAUCUCUGCGGUGCUGCUGCAGGACACAAAGCUCUGACUUCUAAAGGAUAUUUCAGGUUUAGUUCAGGUAUUCAGCCACAAUCUUACCUGUAGACAUACCACACACUUCUGUCAAGUUGCAUUCAGAUAUCAGGGGUUAUUUAAAUACAUCUGCUACUUUUAUAUAUAACCUAUUUGAAUAUUAGAUGUCUAUUUUAGUUAGCACUAAACAUCACUAAAACAUCACAAGUGUGAUAACUUUCUGUGAAUAGAAAUAUACAGUAGAAAUGAAAGCUGCUUAUAACCAUGUUUACUGCCACAGUAAACAGAUGUUAUUGGUACAUGAUAUUGUUGUCCGCUGUAACAUAGAUAAUGUGUAUAAUAACUGGUGCAUGCAUGGUCACCAAGAUGAUUAUUUACACACGUUAAAGCCAUAAAACCUUUUUCUGCACUGAGUAUAAUACUGUAAUUGCAUUAACAUAAAACUUUAAAUCAAAGGGAUACAGAGCGUAUUGGUUUAGAGCAGGGGUUUUCAGAGUCCGACGCGGUGGGCUCCACUCCCAGACAAUUUUAAAUUGUCCAUCUUUUUGUCUGGAUGAUCACAGGGGAUCAACACACAGUCAAUACCUGUAAACGAAUGGAUAGAUGAAGGUAUCAGAGUUCCAAGAAUAUAAGCACCAUGCUGAUAAGACUUUCUGAGCCUCAGUACUGUCAAAAAAUAUGAAUGAUGCAACAUGAAAAAAGUUUUGUGACUCUUAUUAUUCUGUGUCUUACGAUACUUUGAUUUGGGGGCAUAAUCAUGCUUUAAGUAUGUAAUUUGGAAGUAUAAUGUUCCCAAGGAUACAGUUAGUUACCUGUGAGCUACAACAUGAGCACUGUUUAUUUUUUUUUGUAGCCUGUAUAUGUUUACAUUUGGCAAAUUGGCACCAUUAAAUCUAUGCCGAAUUAGA